UCUGUGAAGUUAUUUAUUUUUUUACGAAUUAUCUUUGAAAGACAGGGUCCUGAAAAAGGGACAUUUCUUUUUUUGCUGAGUUGCAUUUAUUUCCAUCAAUAAUUAGUUGAAUUAUUGCACCUGAAUUUCACCCUGAAAAUAUGAAUGUUAUAUUUUUCCUUAAAGCUUUCAAGCAAUUAACAUAAUGUGUCCGGUAAUUGUAUUUAAUAUCAUUGGCUACAUUCAUAUCCUUUCCAGCUAAAACUUCGAUUGGAAUCUGUGCUUCAUGAGCAGCAAUCGAUCUCUGCGUGCAGACAGCCUGCUCCAGCGCGUUGGUCAAAAUUCCAUAUGGCAGUUGGAACAGACACAGCUGGAAAACAUAGACAGUUUCUGUAAAUUUACACCAUGUUUUAAAAUUGUAUAUUUGACUGCUAAAUGGUAGUCCCUGUUCUCCUGCAUUCUUGUUGUACUUUUGUAAGUAAAGCGGAAGUUUGUUGGGGAGUUUGCUAGCUAUUUAACAAAAUUUGCUAGCUAUUUGACAUUAGCUCGCUGGCUAAUCCUCCAUGGACAUGGUAAGUUAAAAUGUUUACCUUUUGUAGGUGUUGGUUCUAGCUAGUCAACAUUUUGAUAUCGGUUUAGUUAAUGAUAGUAAAUGUGUGUGAGAUGAUGAUCACAAUAACUUGAAAACAUUGUCAUGUCAACAUUGUCCUGCUAGCUAUGUGUGUGUGCUCGGUGUUCUGUGAGAGAUAUGACGAUGAUUAUAAUCACAAUAACUUACAGAAAAGAUUGGUACAUAUAGGAAACAUUGUGUGCGUGCGUGUGUGUGAGACAGUAAACUAUCCUAAUUCUUGAAACGUGUACCCCCAAAAUGAAUGUGAAGAUUUUCUUGAUUCAUCGGAGUUCCUUGUAUUUUCUAUUGGAGAAUACAAUACAUUUUGCCUAUUCCUGCUCCCCCUCAACACUCAUUCUAAAGUUACACCUCUCCACUUCCUUUUUCAAUUCUUGAUUCUCAUUUUUUUGCAGGAAUCUUCUAGCUUGGAUGGAGGAAGGAUCAAAGGGAAUGAGUUUAGAAGUAAUCCAUUCUGCUGAGUAAGAAAUGUAAAUGGCCAGCAAAACAUAGGCAGACAGUUCCUGAAACAUGUCAAUGACCUGAUGCAUGGCCUCUACAGGAGUGCUUGGCCACCACACUCAGUUCCCAGUGAUCUAUUCUGCCGCAUCCCAGGGAAAGGAGACAGCAGAACCCCUCUUCCAUAAAUCCAUGACAGUGCGAAACCCUUGUCCUGAUUCAGAGUCAUGUAAAGUUGUUUUUCCGAACUUGGUGGAAGUCAUCCCAGCCAGUCUUCACGUCACUGUGAUCUUCUUCUGCGUAGUGCUCAUCUGCUUCUCAUCUGUGGCCACAGGCUUCUUUAUGUACAAUGCCUUUGGUAGUCCCUAUGAGACUCUGCACGGACCCCUGGGACUCUACCUCUGGAACUUCGUCUGCUGCUUCUGCAGCUGCCUGGUGAUGAUUCUGUUUGCCUCCGAGGUGAAGCUCCACCGGCUGUCCGACCACAUCGCCAACUUCAAUGAGGGCACGUUUGUGUACAAGACGCACACAGAGCAAUUUGACCACUCCUUCUGGCUCAUCUUCCUUACCUUUCUCAUCCAUGGCCUUAACAUCCUGCUGAUCCGUGUGGCUGGCAUCCAGUUCCCCUUCCAGGAGGCCAAAGAGUCGGACGUGAACACCGGGGCAUCAGAUCUCAUGUACUGACCAGGGCUUUUGUUUGUUUGUGUGGCCGCUUGCCGGGCCCCCCCACUAUAGUGACACUGAGCCUCGGCUAUUAGCGUGUCUCAAUGGGAGACUUGGGGCCAUAGCUUUUAUGUGCCCAUGUGCUGUUGAAAGGUCUAAGCAAAUGUGACCCUCCUAAACCGCUUCUUUUCCCCUUCCAGUGACAAGCUGUCAGUCCUCCAGACGACAACUGGAGACGUGUCCCUGGCCAUCUCUGUUAGGGAAGCUGUUUUGAAACUUUGAGUGAGUGGGUCUUGUUUUUCUUUCCAUUGUUAAUUGGUUGUAUUUCGUUAGGUGGUGGGCCAAUUAAAGGCCAGGAUUUCACUCGGCUGUUGAAAAGCAGAGACUUGGUUGGUUCCACUCUAUCAUGUUUUUACGUGCAUUGGCAGUCCCUCCCUUGGCAGUCCAAAGCUUUAUCAAUGAAGGUGGACCGUUCCAACAGUGUGUCACGAUUGAUUGACCAGAAUAGGUACCAUGUGUAUUAUGGAUUGACUAUAUCGUAGCCUUUCAAUUUUGACCCCGAAAUGUAUUGAAAGACCACAGCUGUAUAAAGUAAACAGAGCAGUUUCUUUAUCCCUUGUGCUUCAUAUUGGUUUUUACUUACUCAGAUUUAGAUGUUGCUUCAUUGUUUGAUCGUAUGAUGUAUUCAGAAUCAUGUGAUGUGCCAAUUUUUAUGAUUUUAAUGAUGAUCAUUUCUAAUACAACAUUUAUUUUAUGAAAUGUGUAGAGCUAUUUAGAUUUGUUGUAGAUUUAUAUGCUGUUAUUGGUGUAAGUCCGAGGUAUAUGUAUUCUCUGUCGUAGGAAGAACAAUUGUAUUCAUGUCCACCUACAGUAUCUGUGUAAAUGUUCCUUGAAUUAUAGCUAUUUUUGAUUGACUGAUCAAUUCAUUGUAUUAAACUAUUUAGCAUCUUU